UUUUUUUGCAUCUUUAUUGAUUAUUCAUUGAGGGAGAAUAGAAAGAUAUCUCGCUGAGAGUUUCAAUCCCAUUGGUGAGUAACUGGUCUCCCAUCUCUUGUUCGUUUCCUCAAUCCCGCGUAUAAGUUCUGUCUGCCGAUCACAGCAUCAUCUCCCCUUUCCCUUCAUUUGCCGGCUCCCCAAGCUUCAAUUGCCGCUACCCUCCGGCAUCCCUCCGGAACCGCUCUGCUAGUCUUGAUCAUUUUCUCUUUUCAUUCUCAAAGAAGCCGGGUGAUUUGAUGAUAGUCGUACCGCGGGGGGGACGUUGCCAAGCAUUGGAGCUUUCCUCGACAAUGUGGGGUAAAGAAAGAUGACAAGCUUGUUUUGUUUAUAAAUUGGCUCUCUCCUGUUGGCUGCUCUGCUUUUCUGAAUGAUGCUAGGCACAUUUCAUAGCUGAUAUCACACAAGGUGAAAGUAAUUCAACACGGACAAUGGCAUCGCAGACAUCUGGCAGUGCCGAGCCGGCACACGACCCCAAGUCGUCGAGCGACUACAUCCAGUUCCCGUGUCUUCCUCCCGGCGGAGCGCUGAAUCGCUGGUCGGCGCGCCUUACCAAGGACCAUGACUUUCCCGGAGCACAGGCCAUGCUCUACGGAGCUGGCGUCCCGGAUCGAGAGACGAUGAAGAAUGCGCCGCAAGUGGGCAUUGCGAGCGUGUGGUGGGAGGGCAAUCCGUGCAACACACAUUUGCUCGAGUUUGGCCAAAUCGUCAAACGCUCCGUCGAGAAACAAGGCAUGCUCGGCUGGCAAUUCAACACGGUCGGCGUCUCAGACGCAAUCACCAUGGGCGGCGACGGCAUGCGCUUCUCGCUCCAGACGCGCGAAAUCAUUGCCGACUCCAUCGAGUCCGUCACCUGCGCCCAGCACCACGACGCAAACAUCUCCAUCCCCGGCUGCGACAAGAACAUGCCCGGCGUCGUCAUGGCCGCCGCGCGCCACAACCGGCCCUUCAUCAUGAUCUACGGCGGCACCAUCCGAAAGGGCCACUCGAGCCUGCUGGAGCGCCAGAUCAACAUCUCCACCUGCUACGAGGCGUCGGGCGCCUACGCCUACGGCUCGCUCAAGGCAAAGAGCGACGCCGAUGCGCCGGGCCGCUCCAGCUCCGACGUCAUGGACGACAUUGAGCGCCAUGCGUGUCCCGGCGCCGGUGCCUGCGGCGGCAUGUACACGGCAAACACCAUGGCCACGGCCAUUGAAGCCAUGGGCCUCACCCUGCCCGGCUCGUCGUCGUACCCGGCCGUCUCGCCGGAAAAGGCCCGCGAGUGCGAGCGCGUCGCCGACGUCAUCAAGGUCACCAUGCAAAAGGACAUUCGCCCCCGCGACAUCAUGACCCGCGCCGCCUUUGAAAACGCCCUCGUCCUGACCAUGAUCCUCGGCGGCUCGACAAACGGCGUGCUGCACUUCCUCGCCAUGGCCAACACCGCCGGCGUCCCCCUGACUCUGGACGACAUUCAGCGCACGAGCGACCGCACGCCCUUCCUGGCGGAUCUCGCCCCCAGCGGAAAGUAUCUCAUGGAGGACCUGUACCAGGUCGGCGGGACGCCGUCGGUGCUCAAGAUGCUCAUCGCAAAGGGCCUCAUUGACGGGUCCAUCCUCACCGUCACUGGCAAGACGCUCGCCGACAACGUCGCCGACUGGCCUUCCCUCGACCCGGGCCAGCAAAUCAUCCGCCCGCUCGAAGACCCCAUCAAGUCCAGCGGCCACAUCCGCAUCCUCAAGGGCAACUUUGCGCCCGGCGGCGCAGUGGCCAAAAUCACCGGCAAGGAGGGCCUCUCCUUCACCGGCAAGGCCCGCGUGUUCAACAAGGAGCACGAGCUCAACACUGCCCUGACAAAGGGCCAGAUCAAGCGCGACGACGGCAACCUCGUGCUGAUUGUGCGGUACGAGGGACCCAAGGGCGGCCCAGGCAUGCCGGAGCAGCUGCGAGCGUCGGCAAUCAUCAUGGGCGCGGGAUUGAGCAACGUUGCGCUCGUGACGGACGGUCGGUACAGCGGUGCCUCUCACGGCUUCAUCGUGGGCCACGUAACGCCCGAGGCAGUGGUAGGAGGGCCGAUUGCGUUGGUCCAGGACGGAGAUGAAAUCACCAUCGACGCUGAGUCGAAUAGAAUCGACGUUGCCAUAUCAGACGAGGAGAUGGAAGAGCGAAGGAAGAAGUGGACGCCGCCAGAACCAAAGAUCAAGAGAGGCGUGCUGGCCAAGUAUGCGCGGUUGGUAGGCGACGCGAGCCACGGAGCUGUAACAGACGGAUGGUAAGCGUCUUCACUCAGUUUGCGUUGAACAACUUGUAUCAAGGGAAAUAUAAUGAAAGAUGGAAUGCUCAAGACAGUUCGCUUUAUGAUAGCAUGACAAAAGAUGGGAAUUAUCAAGACCCUUCACCCGCUCAACGUAGGAAAAAAAGGGGGCAAGAAAGGGAAUUCGUUUUCAAGCUUCAUACAGGUACGUAAAGCAAAAACAAAUGAGAACAAGUAAAAGUAAAAAAAGAAAUCGAAGGGUAUCGUCCUCGACUGCCGCCUUCUCUAAAACCAAUCAAUCAAACCAGUCUCAUAAAACUUUGCACAUCUGCUCUCCCUCGCUAUCCUAUAUCAAUGCAUGGACACGUAUAUACAUAUAGACAUGUAGUUCGUCCCCCCCUCAUAUUCAGCGCGUUUAAUCGCCCAGAGGCAUGCCCUCCAGAGCAUCUAAUAGGCGGCGCCAGUUAUCCGCCAGCAUCUCCGCAUAUUUGACGCGCUCGCCAGC